AUGCCCGUGACAAUCGACGUUAUUAACCAUCCGGCCGAGAGCUGGCAGCGCUCAAAGGUUGCAACAUCGGAAGAGCUUCUGAAAGAAGUCAGCCCCAAGCAGUAUCGGCGGAGCAAGAUAAUCCUCCAGAGCUCCUUCAGCCGCCACGCACUCCGUGAGAACCACGCCUCGGCCUCUGCAAACGGAUUUGUGUGGUCCGCCUAUAUGGCCUACAGCGAUCAUCACCACCUGGUGAUCCGGCCCGAAGACGUGUGGUUCGCCAUCAUCACACAGCUGAGCUUCUAUAUCAACGCCAAUGCCGAGGCCCUGCGCAGCUUCUUUGUCUCGCACGAGGGCCGCAAGGAACUUGAAGUGGUCGAUACCGGCACCUUGGAACAGGCCGACUUCGGCGCCCUCGCCCAGGCAAUGACGCAGCUCAUCUCCAAGAACGUCAACGACCCCGAGCUCGAUAAGCUGGACCAGCUCGGCGACGAGCCCACGCAGUUUGCCGAGAUGCUGAGGCCGAUCCUACGUCGCAUGGUGCUCUGCUUCAGCCAGCCGUCAAGCACCGACGUCACCGACUUCUGGAACACCAUGAUCACAAGAAUACACCAAGGCAGCGGCAUGCACUAUAUUUCGGGUUGGCUUUCCGUCUUUUGCUUCUGGAAAGAGGCCGGAGCGGCUCGGCGUCGCUCCCAUGAUAACGUUGUGCUCGACGGGCUGUCAUACCCUUACGCUGACAUACAAGAAGUACCCGCUGGGUUCGCCUCCGUGCCGGUCAAUGUCAAUGACCACGGCGAAGUCUACGACAGCACCUUGAUAGCGGGUUCCGUCGGCAUCCUAGCUCGCCCAUCUGCCCCCGGGGUCGCGUCGGAGGGGGGGGCCAUUCAACCGUACUCGGGAUGGUGGAUGUGCGAAAACGAACCUGCCGAGGCGGCCGAGUCCCGCGAGCGGGAGAUGGAGGUGUUACAAGAGCAGUCGCCAUCCUGCAAAAUUACGAGCUUCUCUUUUCUAUAUGCGGGUGCAUAG